UGUUGGACGAUUUACAAGCAUAGUCAGCAAAAAGAUUUCAACUGUCAACGUUAGUUUCAUUUUGAUUGUUAUUCCAAAGUCUAAUAAAUACGAUAUCAACGAAAUCAAAGAUGAAGGGACUCAAGAUCAUAACUUCUGUGUUAUUACUCGCUGUUAUCUGCACGGCUGACGAAACGGAGGAAAUUUUAAAGGAGCUAGAAAAAUACGAGAGCGAAUGUCGCGAGGAAAAUGGAGUGUCAAAAGAAGAAGGAGAAAAUCAUCUUAAGAAACUUUGCGCCAAUGAAGAAAUAGAAAAGAACGUUGGCUGUUACAUGGCUUGUUUCCACACAAAAAUUGGCGCAAUGAAAGAUGGGGAAAUUUUAGUAGAUAGUAUUAAAGAAUCUUUAAUACCAUUGAUAAAACAUGAAUCCGCAAAGAAUGAAUUAUUAAAUAAGUUGGACACUUGCAAAGCUGAAAUUUCCACGGAAAGCGAUGAUUGCGACAAGACGGUUGAAUUUACAAAAUGCCUGAUUAAAGGAUCGGAAUUGUGCAAACAUAUUCUCGAAUAGUUAUAUUAAUUAUAAUAUGAUUUUUCCGUCGAUAUGCUAACAUCACAAUCUAAUAAGAUAAAUGAUCCAAUGCAUGUUACAGUAAAUAAUUUGUAAUAGAGUCAGAUAAUACGUAAAUGACCAAAUAAACCUAAUAAAUCAAAGUAGCAAAAAUUA